UUUCCCUCCAAAUCAACCUCGGGUCAAAUCUGUUGUGUUUACAACUAUGGAAGAAUCUCCUUGUUGGGUCUCAAGAUACCUACUAUGCAGCAUUUAUUGUUACUAUCUAUCUAUCUAUUCUAAGUUAGCACUUUUACUUUUCGAAAUCACAGAUUUUUUGACCUUUACCAUGACCAUAGAAAUCAUAGAAUCUCACGCGCAGCUUGAUUCAACAUUAGGCCUAUCAUUCUUUGUAACAACAAUUUCCACCAUCUACAGCGAUCCUGUUAUUUAGUUUUUGGUUUUUAAAAGUCCAAGAAAAAGUGCAGAAAAUUCAUCUUUAUGAUUCAGUUGGCAAAUUUGCUAUUGUUUGGUCACUUCAUCAUUUUAUGAUUCAGAUUUGGUCAUAAACUUGCAGUCUCGACCCGUCAGGGAAUAUGUUGGAGAAAAUGGACGCGAGAUGCGUUUCAGAGACGAUCAUCGAGGAAUUUGAGGAGUUAACCAAGGAUGCAGGGAGAGUACAGAGGGAGACUUUGAGGAAAAUCCUGGAAGAAAAUGGCGGAACAGAGUAUUUGCGGAAAUGUGGACUUGAUGGGAGAACAGAUCCUGAGAGUUACAAGGCAUGCGUGCCUCUCGUCACUCACAAGGACUUGGAACCGUACAUUUGUCGAAUCGCCGAAGGCCAAAAUGCAUCAAUUCUCACCAGAAAACCAAUCACUACAAUCUCCUUGAGCUCUGGUACCAGCCAAGGGAAGCCAAAAUACGUUCCCUUCAACGACGAAUUGAUUGACAAUACUAUGCAGAUAUACAAGACAUCCUUUGCCUUUCGGAACAGAGAGUAUCCGAUCGAGAAUGGAAAGGCACUGCAGUUCAUCUACGGCAGCAAGCAGUUCAUCACCAAAGGAGGGCUCCGCGCCGGGACUGCCACAACCAAUGUGUACCGCAACAUCGAGUUCAAGAAAACAAUGCGGGUGAUGCAGAUGCCGUGUUGCAGCCCCGACGAGGUGAUUUUUGGCGACACAUUCCAUCAAUCCCUCUACUGCCACCUCCUCUGCGGCCUUCUGUUCCGCGACGAAAUACAGGUCGUGUCGUCGACAUUCGCCCACAGCAUCGUCCACGCCUUCCGUAGCUUCGAGCAGGUUUGGGAAGAGCUGGCGAACGACAUCCAGGAAGGCUCGCUGAACAGCCAGAUCACGUCGGAGUCCAUCCGAUCCUCCAUGGCAAAGCUGCUGAGGCCCGACCCGGAGCUGGCCGAGACGAUCCGUAGCAAGUGCAUGGGGCUGAGCAACUGGUAUGGACUGAUCCCGGAGAUGUUCCCAAAUGUGAAAUAUGUGUAUGGGAUUAUGACAGGGUCGAUGGAGCCGUAUCUGAAGAAGCUGAGGCACUACGCCGGAGAUGUGCCGUUGCUGAGUGCAGACUAUGGAUCCUCCGAAGGAUGGAUUGGGGCAAAUGUGAAUCCUAAGCUGCCCCCAGAGAUGGCCACUUUUGCUGUCCUCCCCAACAUUGGGUACUUCGAGUUUGUUCCUUUGGAUAAAGACCCGUGGGUGGUGGAGGAGCCCCACCCUACGGUAGGGCUAACUGAGGUGGAGGUGGGCAAGGAUUAUGAGGUCAUUCUCACCAACUUCGCAGGUCUGUACCGAUACAAGCUAGGCGACGUGGUGAAGGUCCGAGGAUUCCACAACUCGACCCCGGAGCUCCAGUUCAUGUGCAGGAGGAACCUUCUCCUCAACAUCAACAUCGACAAGAACACCGAGAAGGACUUGCAACUAGCCGUGGAAUCAGCAGCAAAGCUCCUGGCGAAGGAGAAGCUAGAAGUGAUGGACUUCACGAGCUUGGCAGACACAUCGACGGAUCCAGGGCACUACAUAAUCUACUGGGAAAUCAGCGGGAAAGCGAGUGAGGAGACUCUGGAGGAAUGCUGCAACUGUCUGGACAAAUCAUUCGUGGACGCCGGGUACAUGGGGUCGCGCAAGGUGAAGGCCAUCGGGCCGUUGGAGCUGCGCAUACUCAAGAGAGGGACGUUCCACAAGAUAAUGGAUCAUUUUGUGGAGAUGGGAGCAGCGGUGAGCCAGUUCAAGACGCCGCGCUGUGUCGGGAAUAACAACGCUAGAGUGCUACAGAUAUUGGCAGCUAAUGUGCUCGAAACUUACUUCAGCACUGCAUACUAAUGCUAAUGCUAAGCUAAUAAUAAUAUCUGUGCUAUGAAAUGAAUGGAUAUAUGAUGAUUGUGUUA